UUAAGUUGAAGUUCAUUAUUGAAAGUCCGCCCCAAGUUUGUUUACUACCGAAUCCCAAAUCCAUCAAAUUGCCGACUCUUGACAGCCGAUUUCGCCUGAUUUCUGCACGUUCAACGAACGCAAACACCGUAUAGCCAUGGCCCAUGUUCAAAGAGAAGCAAUUCAAAAGCAAAUUCAGCAGGAUUGGGCUAACCGAGAGUACAUCGAAGUUAUCACACAAAGCAUCAAGAAAAUUUCUGACUUCCUCAACUCGUUUGACAUGUCGUGCAGAUCGAGACUAGCAACGUUGAACGAGAAGUUAACAAUUCUGGAGAGGAAAAUUGACUAUUUGGAAGCCAGGGUCACAAAGGGAGAUGCAUUGACGUAAUUGAGUUGAAUAAUUCAUCACACUUAGUACGUUAAGUUAUUGGACUCUCGAUAUCAUCGUUCAUGAAGCAUGCUGAUGCUAAUGUAUAAUACUGGAAGCCUGGACUACAGGAAAACUCUUAUAAUUUAAAAACCUAUUUUAAACUUGAAAAUAAGCGGUUUUACGCCACACAAGCAUUUACUCAUGAGCUAAAUCUUUAUGACAAGAAAAGAGCAAAUUCUAGGAUAUCAUAAACUCAAAUUCACCAAGAAAGUUUAUUAUUCCUUUGUAUCAUCAUCUUGUGUCCAUUAUGUUAAUAUUAACUUUAAUAUCUUUGUAAAAUAAAUAAUUCCUAAAUAUUCCUACGACUGUUAUUUAAUAUGUUCUAAGAAAAUGAAAUAAAACUUGUGACAGUAUGAAUAAGAUAACUACUUAA